CACAACUUCUGCUUUAAUUGCUGAAAUCUUCUUUCUCACGCUCUCCGUCAAAUUCCGUUCAUUGUUUUCCGUUUUCUCUCUCCAAAGAAUUUCGCGUAGACCAACUGUGGAGAAAGCGGAAGGAUCUGUGGCGUUGGAAACACUGCAAAAAAGAGAGUAAUUGUGGAAUGGAAAAGCGAAGUUGUAAAUUUGACUUCUCUGUUUUGAUCAUCGGAAAUUCAGUUUAGUUUUGUCUUUUGGGGAAAACAAAAUAAUUUGGGAAUUUCCAGUGGUGAGAUGUGGACUGGUGUUAAUGAGCUGUGGACGUCUAUCAGCUGUGCCUCUUGUUGUUAUGAUAGCGAAAGUUGGAAUGAGUUCUGUGAUCAUUGGUGAAUUGUUGGAAUGAGUUUGGGGGAUGUUUAUGGGAUCUAUAAGAUAGGGACUUGAUAUGCUAUGAGGGAUGAGAAGCAGAUUGGAGAACAACGGAGCAAAAGAGCUCGUACUAGGCUGGGAAAGAUAAUGCAGUGUCUUUGCACAGGGGAGCAAUUACAUGCAAUUGAAAUGGUAGCCAAGGAUAGUUCAGCUAGUGUUCAUUCAUCGCAACCUGGAGAAGCCGAAAGGAAGCCUGACACAGGCAACAUCGAAGAAGCUGAGACAUCACUGCGAGAAAGCGGUUCUUUAAACUAUGAGGAAGCCAGAGCAUUGUUAGGGAGGUAUGAAUAUCAAAAAGGAAAUAUUGAAGCAGCUUUACAUGUGUUCGAAGGGAUCGAUAUAGUUGCUAUAACUCCAAAGAUAAAAAUCACGCUCUCAGUAAAGGGAGACACUCGUAGGAGACGAUCACAGAAUUAUGCAGCCCCUCCAAUGUCAAUACAUGCAAUUAGUUUGCUUUUUGAAGCGGUCUUUCUGAAGGCAAAAUCAUUACAAGCACUUGGGAGGUAUAAAGAAGCUGCUCAAUCAUGCUCAGUUAUUCUGGACAUUGUUGAAUCAUCAUUACCAGCUGCCUUCCCUGAAAACUUUGGUGCUGACUGUAAAUUGCAGGAGACUCUAAAUAAGGCUGUCGAGUUGCUUCCAGAAUUAUGGAAACUUGCUGAUUCUCCUCGUGAUGCAGUCGUGUCAUACCGCCGGGGCCUUCUCCAUCACUGGAACCUGGAUGCACAAACUACAGCCAAGAUCCAAAAAGAGUUUGCCAUUUUUCUACUAUACAGUGGAAUUGAAGCAAUUGCUCCAAACUUGAGAGAUCAAAUGGAGAAUGCAUUUAUACCCAAAAACAAUACUGAUGAAGCCAUUCUUCUUUUGAUGAUUCUUUUAAGAAAAGUUUCUCUGAAGAGAAUUGAGUGGGAUCCUUCAAUUUUAGAUCACCUUUCAUAUGCAUUAUCCAUUUCUGGUGGACUAGAGGCUUUAGCUAAUCAAAUCGAUGAACUUCUUCCUGGAGUUAUAGAUCGAAAGGAAAGGUAUCAUACGUUAGCUCUCUGUUAUCAUGGAAACGGUGAUGACACGGGGGCUUUGAAUUUAUGGAAGAAAAAUUUGAAAACUCAAGUGGAUUCGACUUAUUUAUCAGCUUUGUUAUUCAUUUCAAAGAUAUGUGGAGGGAAUCCUGAGUAUGCUGGCGAAGGGAUUAAUUUUUCUCAGAGUGCGGUUGGCAACUUGCAUAGGGGAUGUGAUCAGUUGAUGGGUGUUUCCCAAUGCAUGUUGGGCAUCUCACUAUCAACAUAUUCUAGGUUUGCUGCAACUGACACUGAGAGAGUUCAAAAACAGUCGAAGGCACUUAAAUCCCUGGAAAUAGCUGGGAGAGUUACAAAAAUGAAGGACCCUUUCAUUAUUUACCAUUUAUCAGUAGAAAAUGCUGAGCAGAGAAAGCUGGAUGCUGCACUUCAUCAUGCAAAAAACUUGCUUAAAUUGGAGAGCGGUUCUAAUAUUAAAGGAUGGGUCUUGUUGGCUCGAAUAUUAUCUGCUCAAAAAUGUUUUUCCAAUGCUGAAACUAUCAUAAAUGCGGCGUUGGACCAGACUGGAAUAUGGGAUCAGGGAGAACUGUUGAGAAGUAAAGCUAAGCUCCAGCUUGCUCAGGGUCUAGUGAAGGAGGCUAUUCAAACUUAUUCUCAGCUGCUUGCUGUCCUUCAGGUUCAACUUAAAAGUGUUGAUUCAGGGAAGAAGCUUAAGGAGAACCGCAAUCGUAUUAAGAACUUAGAGCUGGAUACAUGGCUUGGUUUGGCUUCCAUCUACAUCAAAUUGUCUCGGUGGCAUGAUGCUGAGCUGUGUCUUUCAAAAUCUGAAGGCAUUACUGCCUUUUCUGCGUCUAGAUGGCACACCACUGGUAUGCUUCACGAAGCAAAGGGAGACGAGAAAGAAGCUCUGAAGGCAUACUCGCUCGCCCUGGAAGUCGACACAACACAUGUCCCAAGUCUAGUCUCCAAGGCUAAGAUUCUGAUUGGUAGCAGUUGCAGGUCCCCAGCUGUCAUAAGAAGCUUCCUGACAGAAGCUCUACGACUCGAUCAUACCAACGUAUCGGCUUGGCAUCAUCUGGGCAUCCUUCACAGGGAUGUAGGAGGUAGUUUAUCAGCUGUGGAAGCUGCUGAAUGUUUCCAAGCGGCUGCUGCCCUCCAGGAGACCGAACCCGUUGAGCCAUUCAGAUGACUGCCGUUUCCUAUUUGUGAGCACCCUUUCUUUGUAUAUUGUUGAGCAAAAUAAUUGUAUCUAUUCCAUUUAAAGAAGAAGAAGGUAAUACAGAUACAAGUUUUUGGGUCUUCCAUAGUUUUCCAUAUUCUGCAAAUGUAAUUGUGAUGUGAGUAAUAAAAAAUCCACUUUUGUUUGAUCA